AAGGAUCCUUGAUCUGUGUUACUAACUACAGAUUAAUUUUUCUAUAUGCAGCUCCUGUAUAUUGGAGAAACUGAAUUAAGAACCAGUGCAAAGAUGAUGGUUGAUUCUUCUGCCGGAGAGAAACGUAUAUCCUUAGUUGAUAUGCCGCCUGAGAAAGUUGAUGAUGGCGGAUACAUCGGUGGUGGUUGGAAAAAUGACAAUGGAAGCUUGAGCUGUGGGUACUGUAGUUUCAGAGGGAAAAGAUCUACGAUGGAAGAUUUCUAUGAUGUCAAAGCUUCCACAAUUGAAGGCCUAACAGUUUGCAUGUUUGGAAUAUUUGAUGGUCAUGGUGGUUCACGUGCUGCUGAGUACUUGAAGGAACACCUCUUUAACAAUCUUAUGAAGCAUCCACAAUUUUUGACAGACACCAAGCUGGCAUUAAAUGAAACAUAUAAACAAACUGAUGUAGCAUUCCUCGAGUCGGAAAAGGAUACUUACAGAGAUGAUGGCUCCACAGCAUCUGCUGCUGUGUUGGUGGGGAACCAUUUGUAUGUUGCAAAUGUUGGAGACUCGAGGACAAUAGUUUCUAAAGCUGGGAAAGCGAUCGCGCUAUCUGAUGACCAUAAGCCAAAUAGAAGCGAUGAAAGAAAGCGAAUUGAAAGCGCUGGUGGUGUUAUAAUGUGGGCAGGAACAUGGAGAGUAGGUGGGGUGUUGGCAAUGUCCCGGGCCUUUGGUAAUAGAAUGUUGAAGCAAUUCGUUGUUGCUGAACCCGAGAUACAAGAUCUAGAGAUAGAUCAUGAGGCUGAGUUGCUUGUACUUGCAAGUGAUGGUUUAUGGGAUGUGGUACCAAAUGAGGAUGCGGUAACCCUUGCUCAGAGCGAGGAGGAGCCUGAGGCAGCUGCCCGCAAGUUAAUUGACACUGCCUUCGCCCGUGGCAGUGCAGACAACAUCACAUGCAUUGUUGUUAAAUUCCAUCAUGAUAAGACCGAGUCUCCUAAAAUCGAACCAAAUGCCAUGGCUGAAGCGGAACCUGAACUGAACCCCACAGCUGAAGUGGAACCCGAAUCAAACCUCAAUACUGAAAUGGAAACUGAAUCAAGCCCCAAAGCAGAAGUGGAAUCCAAUCCUGAUGCUAUACCCGAUCCAAAACCGGAAACCGAACCAGAGACCAAGGGUGAGAAAGCAGGUGAGUAAGGUAGCAGCCAGGGAAAGGUGUCCAUAUUGUUGGAGCCAUGUGGAAACAGAUGAAUAUAAAUUUGCUUAGUAGUUGUGUGGUUUGUGGCUACCUGUAACGUGUGAGGAUUUGUGUUUUUGGUUUUGUGUUGCAUUCAUGCACAUGCCUAUGCCUGCCUUGAGGACGACGACGACAUGUCCUCGAUUUUUGUCUAUUCAUUUUGCUCUAUUUUGUAUGUUGGUGCUACUCACACCAAAAACUACACAUUUGUUCUCUGUUUCUCCCACUUCUUUCUAUCUUUUAUUUAAAACACCUUCCAUUCCAAUAAACAAUGUUUUUGUAA